GACUGCCCCCCUUCCUCCUGUUAUAUUUCCCUUUCCAAAAUCACACCUAAUCUCUCUCUCUCUCUCUCUCUCUCUAUUGUUUGUGACCGGUGAUUUUGUUUUGAUUGUUGAAGCUCAUUUUUGCAAUCAUAUCCUAGGAUUUUGUUGCCGAGUCAGAUGACAGCUCCAAACAUGGCGAAGAUCGCCGCUUCUCUGGAGAGGUCUCUCCAAAAUUGCUCCCUAAACAACCACAACCACCACCACCACAACCACAGCAGCGGCGGCGGCGGCAGCAUCACAGUCGACGGCGAAGGACAAGGCUCGAGCGUCACUGACGGGGUAUUGGCCGCCACGGGGAUGCAGGGCAGGUCAUCGUCUUCAACCUCAUCAACCUCAGACGCCACUUUAGAGCUCAACUCCCAUGUCUCCCUUCCAUACCAUUGGGAACAAUGCCUCGAUUUAAAGACAGGGGAGGUAUACUACAUAAACUGGAGGAACGGGAUGAAGGCGAAAGAAGAUCCGAGGACAAGAGGAGAGUACAGUGGAGAUUUCUACUACUCGGAAGAAGAUGAAAACAGCUCGUAUGACAGCGAAGAGUCUUCGACCGAGUCGUCGCCAUCUUCGUGCAGAUACGAGCAGCACCAGCAGCCGGUAGAGAAUCUCAACAGCAACAACAAUAAUAAUAAUAAUGUGUUGGUAGUGGCUGGCUGCAAAGCCUGUCUCAUGUAUUUCAUGGUCCCGAAACAGCUCGAGGACUGCCCCAAAUGCUCCGGUCAACUUCUCCACUUUGAUCGAUCCGAAAAUGGCUCCCCAUGAUCAUCACCCGCUCACAUUCAUUUUCUUCUUAGUUUCUUAGUUAAUUUUAAUUUGUUUUUAAUCAUGUUUUGGCUUUUUUCACCUAGAACAAACCCUUUUGUGCUCUGAGAAUAUGAAACUACAGACAAAUCACAAAUGGGUUUUUAGUUUUUAGUAUUUAGUAAUUUUGUAGUUUAAUUUGUUGAUUGCUUAGCUCCUUUAUUUUAUUUUAUUUUAUUUUUUCUUGUCAA